AAUCGAACUUUUUUUCUUUUUUUUUUUUUUAACAUGUAUAUGUGAACGAAAUGCAAUUAGGAGAUACGAUAUUUUUUUUUAUUUCGUUCGUUUCUUCAUUAUUUAAUCUAUUAAAUCGAGUGCGUAACAAAAUACGUGCAAAAACGUAUUUGGACUGAACGGUGCCUUCGAAGUGAAAAAUAUUUUAGUGUUCCAUACACGACACGACUUUCUUUUCUUCAAAAUUCGUCUAUACUUUCUACUUUUACUUUUAUUAUUCGAUCGCUCUACUACCCCUUCCGUCGGUGAAUACGAUCUAGUUUUUCUUUUCAAGGAUAAGUUAAAUAUCGUUGAAAAAAGAAAGAAAAGAAAAAAGAAAACAGGUCGAAACACGACGCUGACAAGACAAGCACGGUGUAACGAACUGCUAGGAUGAUAACAGUGUAAGUGCGGUGGGGUUAAAGUGCCAGCCCGUUUAUGGAUAACUACGAUCGGUCGAUCGAAUUUACGAAUGCCAGAUCGAAGAGGACUAAGCGGGUGCAGUGACGAGUGCCGUGACGUGUUCGUUUUACGUAUCGAUAUAUCACCGAUCGAUCGCGUUCAUUUUUGCUCUUGGUGUUAAAUAAAAUGAACGAAUGACCUCGUCGGUGAUAUAUACGAAAUGAGGCCGAAAUCGUGCUCCCUGUUUCUCUUGUUUUGCGUUCUGUUGCCUGGCGUCGUGCGUCCCUUCACGUCCGGAGAAGGCGAGGACGCGGCGGAGGAUGAGGAUUCAUAUCUCCUCGAGGAGGAUGACGUGCCUUCGGCUACCAUCGCCAGUGACACUGAAUUGAUAUCGGAAGGUGGCGGACAUCUUCCGGUAUUUUUAACGGAACCGGUUGACUCCUUCGUCGUUAAGAACAAACCUGCCACUCUUCGUUGCAAAGCGGCACAUGCAUUGCAAAUAUAUUUUCGUUGUAACAACGACAGAGCGGAUGAUUCGGUUCAACAAGACUUCGUUGAUCCUCACACGGGAACUAGGAUCGUCGAUUGUGAGUUAAACGUUACCAGGGACCACAUAGAGGAGUAUUUCGGAAAAGACAAGUUCAAGUGCGAGUGCAUCGCUUGGUCUGGCUCGGGACAGAUCAAGAGUCAACCAGCGGUGAUCGAUGUUGCUUAUCUGAAGAAGCAAUUCGAGUCACCGCCAUAUUCCGUUUCGGUUGAAGCUGGUCAUAGUACCGAACUUCGAUGUCUGGCACCUCUCGGUGUGCCACCUCCAAGAGUCUAUUGGCUGAGAAACAACGUUCCAGUUGAUGCUGACUCGGACACUCUUUUGGUAUCCAGCGAAGGACAUCUUCUUGUUGGCCAAGCAAAACUCAGCCAUCAGGCUAAUUAUACAUGUGUGGCUGAGAACAUCGCGGCAAAACGAUUAAGCGAUCCAGUUAGCCUAACAGUAUACCUGAACGGUGGUUGGUCUUCCUGGUCUGCCUGGUCGGAAUGUCAUUCGAGAUGCGCGAAAGGUGGCCAGAAAAGAACGAGAACGUGCACGAAUCCGGCACCUAUGAACGGUGGUCAACCUUGUCUCGGUCCAAGUCAGCAGAAAAUGGAUUGCAACACUGCCUGUCCUGCGGGCGCAUUGGAGGAAUUCACCAACACUAUGGUCGUCGACGGUGGAUGGUCCAGAUGGUCGGCGUGGUCCAUAUGCGGGAGCGACUGCACGCACACCAGAAGGAGAUCGUGCGACGAGCCGCCUCCGAGCCACGGUGGCCGUUCAUGUCAGGGCAAAGAUAUAAGCGUGGCCAAUUGCACCGGCGGCAUAUGCAAUGUUGGCAACGCGAAGAUGGGUGGCGCGCAUUUGACAGAAGAAGCGAAUCGUCAGAUGGACGUGGCUCUUUAUAUCGGAUUAACCGUGGCUUGCGUCGUCAUCGGUGGAUUAGCAUUUUUCUUGGCAAGACUUUUACGAAGAAAAGGUCGAGAUCAUUCUCUCUACUCCAUGGCACGCAAUGAAUUCCAGCCGGAGUUCUUCCCGGACCAGGACAAGAAGUUGAGCCUACAACCGGACGUGACGGCGACGAGCGUGCCGGCCUGUUACGAGUAUCCUUUCGACCCGAAGCUGUCGAUGUCGAGAUCCCUCUCGGAGCACCAUUACGACGUGCCGCACCUAUCGAUCGCCCCCCAACCAUCCCCGAUGUCACCAACUCCUUCGACAUCGACGCAAGAGUCUUGCAGCGACAAGCAGAUUCAUUCCGACAGCGAGAACAGCGUCACUAGUUCAUAUCCAUCCUCGGACUCUACUUACAACGUCGCCUCCGAAAGCGUCAGGUUACCCAAGCUCGAAGCUGGAAACGUAGCGAGAGCUGCUGUCAACACUCGAGGUGCAUUAUUGGUCCUUCCGGAUUCUGGAAUUUCAAUGUCGGUACCCGAAGGAGCAGUACCGAAGCCACUCAGAGAGGAACUCUAUUUGGCGGUUCUCAACGAGGAUCGCUUUAGGCCUAGAUUACCUGACGGUAUAACGCAGCUAUCGGCGGUGGUGACCUGUGGCCCAUCUAGGGCGUCCUUCAAUAAACCUGUGAUCCUACAAUUCGAACACUGCGCAAUGUUGCAUCCCGCGACCUGGGAGCUGAGCGUAUGGGCCUCGGACAAUCUGAACGUCGAGGAGAGCUCGUCGAUGUCGUCGACGAAGGAUCAUCAGGUGGUGACGUGGAGCAGAGUGUUGACAUUGGGCAACGAAACGAUCAACACGCCGCUCUUUACGCAGCUCGAUCACGCGGAAGCGUUUAUCGUGACGGAGCAACUCAGAGGUUAUGUUCUCGCAGGUCAGAGUUGCGAGAACUCAAUAGCCACUAAGAGACUGAGAUUAGCAUUGUUCGCUAGCCAAGCUGGCCAGUGUUGCGUCAGGGUCUACGCCGUUGAGGACACGAAGGCUGCCACAAAGGCGAUCGUCGACAGGGAGUCGCAAAUCAGAGGUUACUUGUUGGACAAGCCACGUACGCUCAUGUUCCAAGACAACGGGGAUCCUCUUUGCGUUAGUCUCGAGGAAGUCGGGAACGAAUGGCAGAGCAAAUCGCCAACCGAGCGUCAAGAGCUCUCCUUCAGAGACGUUUGGAAUUGUCAGGAGAACACAAAACACGUAACCUUCGGUUUAGACACAGCCUUUGGCCCGACGACAACCAGAAGCUACAAGCUACAAGUCUCGCAAGGCAAUUCCGACACCAGGCAAGUCUUCAGGAUCGUUUACGACGGCGCGAAGCAACUGAUCUCAUCCGGCAGCGUUACCAGACCUCUCAGGGAAGUGACCGUCGUCAGCAGUGGACAUGCUAAUAACGCAACCACGGAUUCAACCGCCCUCAGACCGUUUCGGUUCACCAGGUCUCUCAGGAAACAACUCUGCCAGUGCCUCGACCCUCCUAACGCUUUGGGCAACGACUGGAGAAUGUUGGCUCAGAGACUACAGGUUGACAGGUACAUAAACUACUUUGCAACUAAGUCGAGCCCGACGGAACACAUUCUCGAUUUAUGGGAGGCAAGGCAUAGAGAACCAACGGCUGUCACAGAUCUCUUGAAUCAUUUGAGAGUGAUGGGAAGGACCGAUGCUGCUACGAUUUUGGAAGCACAGCUUGGACCCUGGCUUUGAACGCGUUACCACGUCGAAUUGCUUUUACAAACGAAGUUACGUUCCCUUGGCCGGUGAGUGAUAGUUACGAACACGAUGGACGCCUACGAUCAUCGAAACUGAUCCUCGAAAUAAUAAUAAUAAUAAUAAUAAUAAUAAUAAUAAUAAUAAUAAUAAUAAUAAUAAUAAUUAUAAUAAUAAUUAUAACAAUAAUAAUAAUAAUUAUAAUAAUAA